AUGGCCCAGAAACUACUGCUACUGCUAUUCUGCCUCAUCUUGGGUUUGCGCGCAAGAUCCAGAAAGUUGGAAGAGAAUAAAUAUGAAGAGUCAUCCUCAAAUCAAAAGUGGGUGCUGGCACCAAAAUCCCAGGACACAGACAUGACUUUUGUCCUUAACAAGUUGCUACGAGAAUAUGAUAAAAAGUUGAGGCCAGAUAUUGGAAUAAAGCCAACAGUAAUUGAUGUUGACAUUUAUGUUAACAGCAUUGGGCCAGUAUCAUCAAUAAAUAUGGAAUAUCAAAUUGAUAUAUUUUUUGCUCAGACAUGGACAGACAACCGGCUUCAAUUUAAUAGCUCUAUGAAGAUCCUUACUCUGAAUAGUAAUAUGGUGGGUCUAAUAUGGAUCCCAGACACCAUUUUCCAUAAUUCUAAGACUGCACAGGCUCAUUGGAUAACCACACCCAACCAGCUUCUCAGAAUCUGGAAUGAUGGGAAAAUCCUCUAUACCUUAAGGCUCACCAUCAAUGCAGAAUGCCAGCUGCAGCUGCACAACUUCCCCAUGGAUGAACACUCUUGUCCACUAAUUUUCUCGAGCUAUGGCUACCCUAGGGAAGAAAUGAUUUACAGAUGGAGAAAAAAUUCAGUUGAGGCAGCUGACCAGAAAUCAUGGCGCCUUUAUCAGUUUGACUUCAUGGGACUCAGAAACACCACAGAAACUGUUACCACAUCUGCAGGUGAUUAUGUUGUUAUGACUAUAUAUUUUGAACUCAGUAGAAGAAUGGGAUACUUCACUAUUCAGACCUACAUUCCCUGUAUAUUGACUGUGGUGUUGUCUUGGGUAUCAUUUUGGAUCAAAAAAGAUGCCACACCAGCAAGAACAGCACUAGGCAUUACCACAGUACUGACCAUGACCACCCUUAGCACCAUAGCAAGGAAGUCUUUGCCCCGAGUGUCCUAUGUGACAGCCAUGGACCUUUUUGUGACCGUGUGCUUCUUGUUUGUCUUUGCUGCUCUGAUGGAGUAUGCCACUCUUAACUACUAUUCCAGUUGUAGAAAACCACCCAUCAUUAAGAAGAAAACAUCUCUAUUGCAUCCAGACACCUUAAAAUGGGAUCACAAGAGAAUAAACCUACCAGAACCUUCUAACUACUCUCUCUUCGAUAUGAAACCAUCCCCAUCUUCGAUGAUUACUUUGAACAAUUCUCUGCACUGGCAGCAGGAUUUUGAAGACACUUGUGUCUAUGAGUGUCUAGAUGGCAAAGACUGCCAGAGUUACUUCUGCUGCUAUGAAGAAUGCAAAUCAGGAUCCUGGAGAAAAGGACAUAUUCACAUAGACAUCUCAGAGCUGGACUCAUAUUCCCGGGUCUUUUUCCCUACAUCAUUUUUGCUCUUUAAUCUGGUCUAUUGGGUCGGAUACCUGUAUCUCUAA